AUGCUGGUCCUACUACUGGGGGAUCUACAUCUCCCUCUCAGAGCCUCUUCUCUUCCACUGAAAUUCCGCAAGCUUCUCGUACCGGGCAAGAUCCAACAGAUCAUCUGCACUGGCAACGUCUGUGACCGGGAGACGUGGGACUACCUCAGGACAGUUGCGCCCGAUGUCAGAGGAGUGCGGGGAGACUUUGAUGAGUCACCCCACCUCCCGCCAACCCUCAUCGUCAACCACCCACCCCUCCGACUCGGCAUAAUCCACGGUCAUCAAAUCCUUCCCAUUGGGGACAGUGAUCUCCUCUAUUCUCUAGCGACGACAAUGGACGUAGACGUCCUCGUCUCUGGCUCCACUCACAAGUUCAAGGCAUUUGAGAGUGGAGGAAAGUUCUUUGUAGAUCCGGGAAGUGCGACUGGGGCCUGGUGUAGUGUUUGGCCUGUGGUGGAGGACGAGGAGAAGGAAGAGGGGGUGGUGGGAGGAGAGGCAACAGAGGAGAAGGAGACGGAAGGAGUGAGUGGCCCUGAGAAGGAGGGUAGCGGUGGUGAGGACCAGCAGAAGAAGGGCGAGCAGAGCAAGGAGGCAAAGGCCAAUGGUAGGACCGACAAGGAGACUCAAGACUCGACUGCCUCAAAGGACAAGACCCCUGCUUCUGCGCCGACGAAGCCGGCAAAGGCAUACCCAGAUCCCAUCCCUUCAUUCGUGCUUCUGGACAUUCAAGGGCCGACAAUCAUGUCCUACGUCUACCAACUCAUCAACGGCGAGGUAAAAGUGGAGAAGAUUGAGUACAGGAAGAACAUGGACGCUCCUUCUGCCACCGGUGGGCCGGGUAUGGGCAGGGAAGGCAGUGGAGGUGGGUAUAGCGCAGAGAUGGGGGUAGGAGCAGGCAUGGGAGGACCUAGAUGGUAG